AGAAGAUCUAUUUCCCGUCAUAGCGCGCAUUAGCACACUUGUGUGUGUGGAAUCUUCUAAAAAACGCAUCCGAAGUGCAUAUAGCUGUUGACAAGCGAGUUUUGGAUUUACCCUUAUAUAAGGUUCUUAGCGUGUGAUGGCAAUGAACGGGAAGCACUCGCAUAGGGAAAGCGAAGUGGCGGAGAUGAUGAACAAGGAUAAAGGCGGCCAGUAUUCGGUUAUGGGAAGCAAGCAAGCGCGCGCGACUUGUAGUUUAACCAUAAUCGUGCUCUUUAUUGUAUCCAUGAUUCUGGUUGUGGUGGGAAUCUCACUGAUUAUUGUCUCAUCUUCGAAGAAAGACGACUGCCAAGGGACUGGAGAUUUGGAACAUAAGUACUGCGGCUUUUCCGAGGAAGCAAAGCGCGCAGGAUUUGAACAGUUCCUAACUGAAAUGCAACGGACCUUCUUCAGACUUCAUCCACACCAAAGCUAUCACGACCCAAAAAUGGAUUUUGAAGAGGACGUGGUCGUUAUACAAAAGACAUACAAACCGUUCAACCCAAAACCGUCGAACUUGAAAACGAUCACAGAUGCCUCCCUGGCGCUAUUAAAGAAGUUAAACGCGCUAAAUGUGAACGUUGACCGUCUCAAACCGCGCGAAAGAAAGACUCUCAUUCAAGCCAAACACUAUUUGAAGCAUGUAUUCGGACAGACAUACGAUAUGAACUAUUACGCCGCAGACUGGCUGAUGGGACCGAAUCAUUUUUGUUGGCAGCCUAUUUGCGACAUAGGGAAGGACAUAUUUUAUCAUUUGGACUACUUCAAACCGAAUGGCUUGAAAGACUUGGAAAGAUUGAGGUAAGGGUCUGAAGGGUAUUAUAUACAUUAAACUCCCUUGCGCGGAUAGCGGUGAUCUUUCAAAUGUGG